GCCCGGUUUCUCUUCGGUGUUUUCGGGGCUCGGGGGCGCGGGAAGUGUCUUUUUGCAGGGAAGUCGUCUUGGCAGCAGCUUUUUCCCUCUUUUUCAACGGGCGGAGGCGCGUUUGCGCCGUUGGGGAACCGUUUCGAAUCCGGCCUCCAGCGCGGACGCCUCAUGGAUCCCGAGAGGGAGAGGAGCGGGGGGCACCCCAAGAAGGGCAGGAAGAGGAGGAGGGCCCCGAACAUGCUGGUCGGGGCGGCUGAGGCGAUGAGAGACCGUCGGGAUCUGGAGGAGAGGCAGCCCGAGGCCAAGGUGAGUAACGACUACCCCAGGUGGGCGGCCCGGGGAGGUGAGGAGGGGCAAGGCCUCCCCCCAGCCGCCUUCCGGGCCCUGCCUGCCCUGGAGGCUGAGGGUUAGCCUCAUCCACCACUGUCCUUUCGGAAUCCUGCUUUCCAGUCCGUAAAAUGGGAACGAUAAUGUUAAUGCCACCUACCUCAGGGCUGAUACGGCUCUUUAAAACUGGUGUGGUGCUCGGGACCCCAAAAGAAUGUUCACUCAACAAAUGCU